AAUUUCCUGCCAAGUCUUUGUAAGCACCUGCUUGGACACAUUCUCUCAAGACAGGAAGACAAGGCCUUCACUAUAGACAAGCUAUACAGCCUCUGUAUAAAAAAUGACAAGCUUUUCUGUCUCAAGGUGCUACACAUCAAUUACACAACCUACAAUGUCAGGAGAGCCCAAGAUUCACUCAAUCCACAGAUGUAUGCUGAUAUCAUGUUACUAUUGGAUAACACCAAACAUCCCUACAUUUACACUCGAAUAAUCAGACUUUUUCAUACAGAGGUCAGCUAUAUAGGUCCAGGGGCCAACCCUAACUUCCAAAACUUUAAUUGGCUCAAUUUUGCUUGGGUUCACUGGAUGAAAGUCAAUAAGAAGGGCUUGUUUGUUGAGAGACAACUCCCUUGA